CCGAAAGUUCAGGCAAAUUUCUUUUUCUUUGUUAGCUGCCGAUAAAAAUGGCCUAUGGUCAUCAUCAACAAACAAAAUAUAUUAAUAAUAAUAACAAAAAGAUCCCUUUUUUUUUACACCAAAUUCCAAGAUUUUUUUUUUUUAACACUCUCUACACUACAGACUGCUUGAUCCAAAAAAAAUAAAUAUUUUUUUCAAUUGUUAUAUACUCAGAAAAAUCAUGUAAUCACGAGAAUUUUUAUAUAUACUUAUAGAUAAAGGAGGUAACUUUUGCUAUUUUGGGAAGUGGGUAUUGUGAUUUUGGGGGUGAUUUUCCAUUUUUGUGCAAAAGAUCUGUUUUUGAGUUAAUUGAAAGCUGUAUCUGAAGUGGGUGUUUUACCUUUUCCCAGUUUUGUGCUUCGAUUAUAGAGAUUUCAGUAAAUUUAGUGUGAAAGAUUUGUUUUUUUAGUUAAUUGAUAGCUUGUAUCUGAAGUGGGUAUUGUGGUUUUGAGUUUUUCCUUAUCUGGGUGUUUGAUGUUUUCUAAUUUUGUGCUUUGAUUAUAGAGAUUUCAGUAAUUUUAGUGUGUUAAGAUUUGAUUUUGAGUUAAUUGAAAGCUUGUAUCUGAAGUGGGGAUUGUGCUUUUGGGUUUUUUCUUAUAUGGGUGUUUUUCAUUUUCUAAUUUCGUGCUUAAGUUAUAGAGAUUUCGAUAAAUUGGUGCAGAAGAUUUGUUUUUGAGUUGAUUGAAAGGUGUAUUGAGCUCAAUUGAGCAAUCUUAAGCAGAGAUUGAUUUGGUUAGCAGAUUUGGAGUGCAUGUGAUAUUUUUUUUGGCUUUUAUAUCAAUCUGGUUGUUGUUCUUUUUAUAAUUUCUUGAUUCAAUUGCAGAUUUUUUUUUUGUGUAAAUAAAGGACUGUCAAUGAAGUAAGUGAUAAGCUGUCUUUGAGGUUCAAAUAUUUUCUGUUACUGAAGGAUUCUUUCCUUUUUGUUUGGUUGGACAAAUAGAGAUAAUGGAUUCAAGUCCUUAUUUGAGUUUAACUGCUGCAUUUUCGUAUGGAAUUGCAUCUAUGGCUAUGGUUUUCAUCAACAAGGCAGUGAUCAUGCAAUAUGCUCACUCAAUGACUCUUCUCGCAGUUCAGCAAGUAACAACAGCUUUGCUCAUACACCUUGGUAGAGUCAUGGGAUACACAAAAGCCAAAGAUUUAAAUGCAGAGACUGCGAAAAGACUUUUCCCAGUUUCAUUGUUCUACAAUGCAAAUGUCGGAUUUGCUUUAGCAAGCUUGAAAGGAGUAAAUAUUCCCAUGUAUAUUGCCAUCAAAAGGCUUACGCCACUUGCUGUACUAGUAGCUGGAUUCUUUACCGGAAAGGGUAGACCUACAACUCAGGUAACACUUUCCGUAUUACUAAUUGCUGCCGGAGUUCUUAUUGCAGCUCUUGGAGAUUUUUCCUUUGAUCUUUUUGGAUACAGUUUGGCCUUUAUUUCUGUUUUCUUCCAGACCAUGUACCUUGUGUUGGUUGAGAAGUCAGGAGCAGAGGAUGGGCUUUCGUCUAUUGAGAUCAUGUUUUACAACAGUUUCUUAUCUUUGCCAUUUCUGCUAUUCCUCAUCAUAGCCACAGGAGAAUUUCCAAAUUCUUUAUCUCUUUUAUUUGCAAAGAGUAGUUCAAUAUCAUUUCUUGCUAUUCUUAUUCUUUCAUUGGUGAUGGGCAUCAUCUUGAACUAUACGAUGUUCUUGUGCACCAUCGUUAACUCGGCUUUAACUACCACAAUUGUCGGAGUCCUCAAAGGAGUUGGAUCUACGACACUUGGUUUUGUCCUGUUGGGAGGAGUAGAGGUACAUGCUUUGAAUGUCACUGGUUUAGUGAUCAACACAGCUGGUGGGGUGUGGUAUUCAUUAGCUAAAUAUCAACAGAAGAAGAACAAAUUGCCUAAGAUAAUGUCCGAUAUCGAUAGUCAUCGUAAAUAAAAAGAUUGCUAGUUGGUUCCAUAGAGUUCAAUAUUUAUAAUUUUCUUCCUUCACAAGUUAUGAAGAGAAAACUACAUGAUUUUGUUUUUCAAUCAAUUUUUGAUAGUUACCUUGAACAUGUAGUUGUUGUUUACAUGUAAACAUUGAAAAUGUUGUACAACUCUUUUUUGUCUUGAAAUGCUUAGGGUAUUUCUUUUCAUCUGUCUAAA